GAGGUGGACUUUGAACAGCUGCUGCUCCUAGUGGGCACUCUGCUUCGUGCUUCCUUUUCAGAAGGGAGCUCUCAGCUGUGCCUGCUGCAGUCCUGAUCUCCAACCCCAGGAAACAAAACUAUCCUUCAUAGGAAGCUAAUGGAUGUAAGCUUUAGUCCCUGAAGUCCAAGAGGAGCUGCAGGAACUAACCAUAUGCAGUGAGGGGUUGAAGGACUUCAGUGUGUGCACGCUUUCUCAGAAGCACAGGGUGACAUUAUACAACACCUGAGGCCACUGAGAUCUGCUUCCUGUGUUGACCAUGCCGGGGUGGAGCUGCCUGGUGACAGGAGCAGGAGGGUUUCUGGGCCAGAGGAUCACCCCCAUGUUGGCUCAGGAGAAAGAGGUGAAUGAGAUCAGGGCCUUGUUCAGAUCCUUCACUCCAAAACACAAGGAGGAAUUAUCCAGUACUCAGCUCCUGUUGGAUGCUUGUGUGGAAGCCAGUGUCCCAGUCUUUAUCUACAGCAGCUCAGUGUCUGUGGCUGGACCAAACUCCUACAAGGACAUCAUCCAGAAUGGCUGUGAAGAAGACAAUCAUGAAAGAACAUCAUCUCAUCCUUACCCAUACAGCAAAAAGAUGGCUGAGAAGGCAGUGCUGGCAGCGAAUGGGUGCAGCCUGAAAGAUGGUGGCACUUUGCAUACUUGUGCCUUAAGACUCCCAUUCAUCUAUGGGGAAGGGAGUCAACACAUUUCAUACACAGUGAAUAGAGCACUCAAGAAUAAUGGCAUACUUGACAAUUUUGCCAAAUUCUCUGUGGUCAACCCAGUGUUUGUGAGUAAUGCAGCCUGGGCACACGUUCUGGCAGCCAGCAGCCUACGAGACCCCAAGAAGUCACCAAGCAUCCAAGGUCAGUUCUACUACAUCACAGAUGACACCCCUCACCAAAGCUAUGAUGAUUUAUAUUAUGCCCUGAGCAAGGACUGGGGGUUCCACCUUGAUCCCAGUUGGAGCCUUCCUCUGCCCAUGCUCUACUGGCUUGCCUUCCUGUUGGAAACUGUGAGCUUCCUGCUGCAUCCAAUCUACAAUUACCAGCCUCCUUUUAAUCGCUAUAUGGUCACAAUGUCAAAUAGUGUGUUCACCUUCUCCUACAAGAAAGCUCAGCGAGAUCUGGGCUAUGAGCCACCUGUCAGCUGGGAGGAAGCCAGACAGAAAACUUCUCAGUGGAUCGGGUCACUAGUGGAGCAGCACAAGGAGACACUGAACACAAAGACUCAGUGAUGUGACCAUGGCAGGGACAUGGCCCUGAAGUUGUCAGGUCCUCCAGAAAGGGUCUAAGACACAACCCAUCUCCUACAGUUCCCUUUGACACACUGGCCAACUUGUCUUCCAGUCACCAAAGCCUUGCCAGGCACUGACCCAAACUUUUGCCCUGAGCACUUGCCCAGAGACACACAGGCUGUGCCUCAACUGCUGUGACCAAAGGCUCAGUUUCUGGUGGUGAACUGAGCAGAGUCUCCUGUAACUUAGAAUUUCAUCAGUGUUUCCAUUUCCCCUCUCACAGUUCCAAAGCAUUGCUUGUCUGAGAAAAUUCCCAUUGCUUCAUGAAGCUCAAAGAAAGAACAAUAAAAAGGUUUCAUGACUAAUCCAGA